AAGGGUCUAUGUGUGCGUCAAUAUGGGCCGGGCUGACGUAGACGUCUUUGAAAGCGCUAAUGCUUAAAAAGCGAGGAUGUCAGGCUGCGCAUUCUACUCCCUCACAAACGCGCGCACACACCACAAUGUCAGGAAACACGGAGGAAUCUGCCCGGUUCAAAAAGGUCAAUCAGACCGUCGGCGGGGGCGACACCAACAACGUCGUCGGAAACACAAAUGACGAGGUUUUCAAGAGCUUUGGCGGGCACGAGCAAAACGUACAGAACGAGCCUCGCUCGGCCGACUCGGCCCGAGAGCGCGACCUGCAGGAGAAGGGCUACACGGACAGGGCCACGGACAAGGAGCUCGACGAGACGGAGGAGCUGCGGGCGAAGCUGAGCAAGAGAGGCAAUGCGCCUCAGGAGGGCGCCUCGGCGUAACAGCAUCUAGCUCUGUUGUUGUUUUGGCUCAGAUUCGCCAAUAUCAUCACCACUACUGCAC